CCUUCUUGAUCACUUUUCUGCUAAUCCUCUAAAAUCCCUUUAAUCAAGGUAUAAAUGCUGCCAUUUGGACAUCGCCUGAGUCACAAGAGGGCAAGGAGCAAGCACUGAAACCUUUGCCUGAUUUACUGACAACCACAGACAUGUCAGGUCUAAAUGGUUUUGAGGGGGAUAACUUUUACAUCCCUAUGAGUAACCGCACGGGGCUCGUACGGGAUCCAUUUGUUUAUGAGCAGUACUAUUUAGCAGAACCAUGGCAGUUUAAGCUCCUGGCUUGUUACAUGUUUUUUCUGAUUUGUCUGGGUCUCCCCAUCAAUGGCUUCACCCUUUUUGUCACGGCUCAGCACAAGAAACUUCGACAGCCGCUCAACUUCAUCCUGGUCAACCUGGCUGUGGCCGGAAUGAUCAUGGUCUGCUUCGGGUUCACUAUCACCAUUAGCUCUGCUGUCAAUGGCUACUUUUACUUUGGGCCCACAGCCUGUGCCAUUGAGGGAUUUAUGGCAACACUUGGAGGUGAAGUGGCUCUCUGGUCAUUGGUGGUGCUCGCCAUUGAGAGAUACAUUGUGGUCUGCAAGCCCAUGGGAAGCUUUAAAUUCUCAGCCAGUCAUGCAUUAGGUGGGAUUGGUUUUACCUGGUUCAUGGCAAUGACCUGUGCUGCUCCUCCUCUUGUUGGAUGGUCCAGGUACAUUCCUGAGGGGCUGCAGUGCUCGUGUGGACCAGACUACUAUACACUCAACCCCAAAUACAACAAUGAGUCCUAUGUUAUCUACAUGUUCGUUGUCCACUUCAUUGUCCCUGUCACUGUUAUCUUCUUCACUUAUGGACGGCUUGUGUGCACAGUCAAAUCGGCUGCAGCAGCACAGCAGGACUCUGCAUCCACUCAGAAGGCAGAAAAAGAAGUCACUCGAAUGGUCAUCCUGAUGGUGGUGGGAUUUUUGGUGGCCUGGACCCCCUAUGCCAGCGUUGCCGCCUGGAUUUUCUUCAACAAAGGUGCUGCUUUCACUGCCCAGUUCAUGGCCGUUCCUGCCUUCUUCUCCAAAAGCUCAGCUCUCUUCAACCCCAUCAUAUAUGUGCUGCUGAACAAACAGUUCCGUAACUGCAUGCUGACAACCCUGUUCUGUGGAAAGAACCCCCUGGGAGAUGAAGAGUCCUCAACUGUGUCAACCAAGACAGAAGUGUCCAGCGUGUCCCCAGCGUAGAGGCCUCUGUAUCAACACUGAUUCACCAUCAGAAAUCUCUGAACUUGACUUGCACUUCGGUUUUGCUUACAUUGUCUUCUCAACAAUCCACAGUAUGUGCUGACUGAGAGAUUUCUUUUGGUAAUGUUUGUAUUGUUUGCCUCUGUACCAAAAGCUUACUGACAAAGAAAUGAUGCCAACUUACAGCUCAGGAUGUCAGGAGUGUCACCCUGUUUUAAAGAUUUCUAUCCUCCUUUGGGGCUGUUUUGCUUUUUUUGCAGAUGUGUAUAUUUUAUAUACUGUACAUUGUGUAAAUAAAUUGUCCACAAAGAUUUUAAAAAGACAAAAAAAAAAACUGUAUGAUAGUAAUAAAUAUUGCAUUUUAAAAAUGUC